AUGAUCUUCAUAUACGCGGUUACUGGUGCCUCUCGCGGCAUCGGCCUCAAAUUUGUUGUGCAACUUGCAUCCAUACCCGCAAACUCCGUGUUCGCCGUCCGCAACCUCGGUGCACCUCCAGGACACGAUGAAGCAGCACGGCUUCAGAAAGAAGUCGCCGAGAAGACCGGCGGAGGCCUUGACUGCCUCAUCCACAACGCCAUGCGCCGCUCUCCUCCUGUCAUCUUCACCGACUUCCUCAACAUCCCCGACAUGGCCGAGUUCGAUGCCAGCCUCGCCCACGCCGUACGCCUCCUUCCAAAUCAUGGCCUCGGCACGAUCCACUCCAUCCACGCCUUCCUCCCCCUCCUACGCGCGUCCCCCACUGGCGCGAGGAAGAUCAUGGUGAUCAACACCGAGGGUGGCAAGUACAACUCGAUCCACGACAUGCAGAUCGCCGCCAUGCCGCAGCAGGUCAUUGCCGCCAUCAAGUUCUCCGUCCUCCUCGCGCCCGAGGCCUUCACCGUCGCUGUGCUCACCACGGGGCUCGUCGACACCCCCGGCACCAAAGACGGGCUCGAUGCGAAGGGCGCAGCGCUCGCGAGGGCUCGCCACGCGCGCGUCGAGGCGGCUGUCGCGGGGUUCGAAGCCCAGGGGCUCACGAUGACGCUGCGGACGCCGACACGCACACGCUAUCGCCGUACGGUGAAGACGUACGAGCACAACACCUUCGACCGCGCUCGGCCCUUGUCCUCGCGCACUUCGCCCAUUCCGUCUCUCGAACCUCUCGCGGUCAGUCCGCAAGCACUCCAAGAUCACGAUUGCACCCCGGAGCCGUCCUCAUAUGCCGGUCAACUGAACAAGUUGGUUCACAGCCUGAUUUGCAUGGAAAACGAGGCGAAACGGGAUCGGGUAGUUGUCCAUAGCUGA